CUUCUCAUCCCCUCCUCCGUUAUCUCAUAAGUUUCAAAACACCACCAAGAAGAUCGAAGCGGAGCAUAGGGGCAAUCGACUCGGACAAGAACAAGGAGGUUGUCGACGCUAAACUUGCAGAGCACUAACAUACCAGAUAACAACAUUCCCACUCCAUCUUAGCUUCCUUUGCAGGCCAAGUUCGAGUUCUCAGACAUUCGGGUAUUCGGAUUGAAAGCUCGAUUGCACUUCGGGUCUCUCCGAGACUACAAUGCCCUUCACUGUACUCACAGAUACAGACGUUCGUGCGGUACUCCUCUCACUGGCCAAAGAAGAUGCCACAGCAUUGCAACGAAAUCUUGCAGAAGCUUUGCAUUCAUACUCGACCGGCGACACAAAUUCGCCAUGUUGUGCAUCGUUUCAGCCACAGCGGACGGUGAUCAGAAAGAAUGGGGUCACUACGCUGUUUAUGCCCGCUUCUACUGGGACAUCAGUCGGGAUGAAGAUUGUUUCUCUGGAACAAUCUGAUAUCAGCCAUAGCAAGAAAUCCUCUAUAUCUUCCUCAACGUCAGGAAGCAUUACAGGGAGCCCGGCUGUCAAGUCACCCACAAGUGACUUAGCUACCCUGUCCUUAACCCCUGCAUCUACAAUGUCAUCAUCAGGCAGCAGAGAUUCGAUUGAUGGCGCGUCUUUCCACCCGCCGGCAUCCAUUGCAAGUUCGCAGAGCACUGCGCCCAAAGGAUCAGUGACGAUACUCGACCCAACCGGAAACCCAGUAGGCAUCGUCAAUGCUGAAGAGCUUACGGCUUUCAGAACCGCGCUGGCCUCCACCAUGAUGUUUCAAAAGCGACAAAGUGUCCACACAAUAACCGUAUUCGGCGCAGGAAAGCAGGCGUAUUGGCACAUCCGGCUGGCCUUGCUGUUCAAGGGCGAUGAAGUCCGGCAUGUCAAUAUCAUCAACCGGUCGUUUGAGAGAUCCAUCAAGUUGAUGAAGGCUUUUCAGCUAGAACAGAACACGCAUGGCGCGUGGCGAAAUGACAUCAAAUUCAGCUGCAUGAGCCCCGAAUUCGGCGAGUAUGGUAGGCUUUUGAAGGAAGAAGUCCGAAAAGCAGAUAUCAUCUUCUGUUGCACGCCCUCACUUGACCCCUUGUUCCCUGCCGAAUUUCUCACCUCCCGCGAAGGGCAGAGAAAAGGGCGAUAUAUCUCAUGCAUAGGAAGCUACGCGCCGCACAUGAUUGAAGUACAUCCGGACAUUUUCAAAUUGGCUGUACAGCCUGAUCAUGGACAUCAUCACCACAAACAUGCUCGACAGGGUGGUGUCAUUGUGGUCGAUAGCCUCGAAUCAUGCCUCAAAGAGGCUGGGGAGAUCAUCAAGGCGAAGUUGGGACCCGAGCACCUGGUGGAAAUUGGGGAGUUGAUGAUGAUCAAGAAAUCAGCUCAGAAGGAAAUCGAACUGGGAGGAAGCGGUGAGCCUGGGCUGCUAGAGUGGCUGACAAGGGGAAACGUCAUCUACAAGAGCGUCGGAAUGGGCCUGAUGGAUUUGGUUGUAGCUGGUGAUAUCAUUCGCCUCGCCAGAGAGAGGGACAUCGGCGUGACCAUCGAAGACUUCUGAUUGUGCUGACGAGGUUGUAUGCAAUCGGGCGCGUUGUGUUUCUGGAGUCUUGUAAGUCUUGUUGGGCGACAAGCGAGCCACUGAUUAGGAGCCACGGUAGCUAUCACCGUCUCAAACGUGUGCAUGUGAAGCCUGGAAUUUCAGCAAGGCCCCAUCUGCAGAUUGGAACGGCCGACAAAAGGGCCGACUCGAGCCCCAAUGGUUCCUCCCCUGCGUUUCUCGUGGGUAUCUACCUAGGGUCAGAUACCGUGUUCAGCAAUGCCGGAUAUUCAACGCGUUGGCAGGCCUUUGAAGCGAUCGAUGGCCUCCGAAGUGCUACGAGCACCUGUUGUGCACCAUAUGCUAGUUAGCGAAUCACCAC